AUGCAGAUCGUCCAGCUCUCUCACCGGCAGGAUCCGCUGUCUGCCAACCGCUUGGCCUGGCAACUGCUGGAGGGACUCAAGUUCAUACACCACAACCUCAACAUGCCACACGGGCAUCUCAAGCCGUCCUGGGUGUUUGUCGAUGCCGAGGGCCGACUUCGGCUGGCUGGAUACGGCAUAGUGACAUAUUCAGGGGCGUCUCCUGUGCGUACGAGAUCGGGCUCGGAGAAGUCUGAACGUGAUCGCUCUAUCUGCUGGACAGCCACUGAAGACCUCAACAACGAACAGUCGCAACCUUCCAUGGCUUCAGAUAUCCAGGUGGCGGGCAUGCUGCUGUACUUCAUCCUGACGGGCGGUCAGCACCCCUUCGGGUCGACGCCCAUGGAGGCAGAGAUGAAUAUGGCCCGGAACACCACCCACAUGGAUCUUAUCAGCGACGAGGCCAACGACCUAGUGUCUGGCAUGUUGUUUCCGGAUCCCACCGCUCGACCCACCAUCGAACACUGUCUCAAGCACCCAUUCUUCUGGUCGGGUGAGAAGAAGUUUCGCCUCAUUCUGAUCGUCGGGUCGGAUGUACUUACAGAGAUGAAGACAGGCAUUGCACUGACUGGAAAUGGAUCUCCUACCAUGACAGAGAUAUUAAGCGUCCUUGACAUUGCAGAUGUGAGCCCAAACUGGGUGCAAGCAAUCAAUCCGACUGUCAUGAAAGAAAUGCGAUCGUUCCGAGUGUACAAGAACAGUCUGUCAGAGCUGACGCUCUUUAUUUACAACUGUUGCCUUCACUUCGAUAAGAUGUCUCCUAUGGCCAAAGAGGUUCUAGAUGACCCCUGCAAGUACUUCCAAGCGUUGUUUCCGUCCUUGUUUAUGUCCAUCUACCGGUCACUGAAAGCUUCGGACAGAACAGACCGAACCUGCUACAAGCCGUUCUUCAGCUAA